UUGUUAUCUUUAGGUACAUUUUUCUUCGUCGCACUCUUCUUCCUUCCGGAAACGCCGAAAUUUCUUCUGAUUUCGCAUUCAAAUCGCCCAGCAGCUGAGCGGUCAGUACGCUUCUACCACGGCUCCGAUUGUGAUGUCGACACAGUGAUCAAGGAAAUUAUUUUGGAAGCAGAAGAUGAGACAGAGACGGCCACAUCUUGGAAAUCUGCUAAGGAGCUAUUCACCGAGCCGCAUUUGAGAAGAGCAGUUCUGCUCAGCAUUUCUGCCUUGCAGAACACGGUUGCUCUUUGGUCGAUGUUGUUGUCUUCUACGUACUUUCUCGAAGAAAUCGGUCUUGAUCAAGCAGUCGCUUCUUGGAGCAGUACCGCAAUGACAUUAGGAUACGUUCUGGGCACAUUGGCAGGAUCGACAUGGAUCGAACGAUUUGGUCGCCGCACAAUUCUGCUUUCAUUCACCAUCGUUGAUAAUCUUCUCCUGGUGUUCUACGUAGUUUGUGCUGAAAUGAGUCCAAUUGUCAAACAGUUCAGAUACAGCUGCCUCGUUCUACUAAUCGCCUACGCCUUUGUCUACGGCAGCGGCGUCGGUCCGAUUUCAUGGUUCAUCUCAUCGGAGCUUGUUCCACAAAAGUACCGUAGCCUGACGCAAUCCACAUGUUACUCCUUGAAUACCAUAAUCGUUGUUAUAUUGACGUUUUCGAUCCUUCCGUUGUACGGAAUUGUGGGCUCUUAUGCAUUUCUCAUCCUUUACACAAUACCAUCUGUGAUAAGCAUAGUGAUACUGUACUGCUAUCUACCGGAAACAAAAGGGAGAGAAAUUCAUGAGAUCGUUGCCGAAUUACGGGGAAAAACAAAAUCGAGCUGA